AUGGCUGUUCCCAUCACCACCAUCGCCGAGAGCAAAGAGCUCCGAGGCCUCAACCUCAUCGCCGCGCAUUCUCACAUUCGCGGCCUCGGCGUCGAUAGCGACACGCUCGAGCCCAAGCCAUCGUCGCAGGGACUGGUGGGACAGGAGAAGGCGCGCAAAGCGGCCGCCGUCAUCCUGAAGAUGGCACAAGAGGGCAAGAUUGCGGGCCGCGCUGUUCUGAUUGCGGGCCCCCCCAGCACAGGCAAGACGGCCAUUGCCAUGGGCAUGGCACAGUCGCUGGGCCCAGAUGUCCCAUUCACCAUGCUGGCCUCGUCUGAGAUCUUCUCCCUGGAGAUGUCAAAGACCGAGGCGCUCACACAGGCCUUUCGCAAGUCCAUCGGGGUCAGGAUAACCGAGGAGAGCGAGGUCAUUGAGGGCGAGGUUGUCGAGAUACAGAUCGACCGCAGCGUCACGGGGAGUAACAAGCAGGGCAAGCUUACCAUCAAGACGACGGACAUGGAGACCAUCUACGACAUGGGCACCAAGAUGAUUGAUGCCAUGACCAAAGAAAAGAUCAUGGCCGGCGACAUCAUUUCCAUUGACAAAGCAUCGGGCAAGAUCACCAAGCUCGGCCGCUCCUACACACGCUCACGCGACUACGACGCCAUGGGCAUCGACACCAAGUUCGUGCAGUGCCCGGAAGGCGAGCUCCAGCAGCGACGCGAAGUAGUGCACACAGUCAGCUUACACGAGAUCGACGUAAUCAACUCGCGGACACAGGGCUUCCUAGCUCUCUUCUCUGGCGACACGGGCGAGAUUCGCAGCGAAGUACGAGACCAGAUCAACACCAAGGUUGCAGAGUGGAAAGAGGAAGGCAAGGCUGUCAUCGUUCCCGGUGUGUUGUUCAUCGAUGAGGUGCACAUGCUCGACAUCGAGUGCUUCUCCUUCGUCAACCGAGCCCUCGAGGACGAGCUCGCACCCAUUGUCAUCAUGGCUAGCAACAGAGGAAACACACAGAUACGAGGCACAGACUACAGGUCGCCACACGGGCUGCCACUGGACUUCUUAGACCGAGUGGUCAUUGUCAGCACACAUGCUUAUUCCUCUGAAGAGAUGCAGCAAAUCAUCUCGAUAAGAGCACAAGAGGAGGAGGUGGAUGUAUCGCCAGACGCUCUAGCGCUGCUGACGAAGAUUGGACUCGAAACUGGGCUACGAUACGCUAGCAAUCUAAUCACCACCUCGGACUUGAUACGCAAGAAGAGGUCCGGGUCUGAGGUGACGAUCGACGACGUCCAACGGAGCUUCGCCUUAUUCUACGAUCCCACAAGGAGCGUCAAGUUUGUCUCCGACUCUGAGAAGCGUCUCAUCGGUGACGCGGGCAAUGUGUCGUUGGCUGUCGCCAAUGGCACGGAUGCGAUGGAUGUCUCGUAG